AUGGGUCUCAACCAAGCGAAAGACCAAAGGUCGCAACGGCGGCGCCCUCCACCGAUUGAAAUCAACAAUCCGUUCCGAAAGGCAGAUCCGUCUUGUGCACAAGAGGAAAUCUCACCACAAACCUACCUAACGAUUGACCCAAAGAUGGUCUUCCCCUACCACAUCGAUGAAGAGAACGAGGUCAUCUACAAGAUGGCCAACAAUGGGACAUGGACAAUGAAGCCUCGGGGUGAAAAGAAUGGCCCAGAACACGCAGGAAAAUGGGUCCGAUGGGCCGAAGUCCCUCAAACUUUGGAAUUCAAUUAUGACUGGGUGUUGACCAAGAUUGCCGCCGAGACAAGAAGUGCCGAUCUCAGACGCCUCAUCAAUCAAUUGAUGCUCAUACGAGCAGCACACGACAUCACCGAGUUUCCGACACAUCGGGCCUUCACCUCAGGCCCACAUGAUGAUUCAAAAAGUCUGGUCCCGGUUUACGGCACCCAAGCCCUCCUAAAUAGUGAUGGGUCGUAUGUGACCCUAGUGGCAUGGGAUCAUCUUCUGAAGGACGUCAAGAACGCCAGCAAGUUGAUGCAAAUUCGGCGGAGAUGGAACAUGGCAGGGCAGAAAAAGGUUGCUCGAUGGUGUCGAUGGGGUAGAGAUCAACUUAUCAACAACAGAACGGAGUUUGUGGAGGAUCUUAUCGCAGGGUAUGUCAUUGAAAGGAGACUCGAUGGUCAUGACCUUCCACCAAUCGGGCUCGGGUAUCGACGACGGCAAGAAUGCGAGUGGGACGGAAAUGUCAAAGGGCCUUGGGAUCCAGAGACUCGAACGGAAUUCGACAAAGCCGUCACUGCCUGGUGGGACAAGGAAGUAGACAGCAACAGAUUAUUGCCACCACAAUGA